AUCUCCACCGCUUUCUAAAGUUGUAACCUUUUUUCUACUUCAAUGGCGGAUUGGGCUCCAGUUCUCGUCGGUGUGGUCCUGUUCGUGAUUCUCUCACCGGGACUUCUCUUCUCUUUACCUGGUAACAACCGCACUGUCGAUUUCGGUGGUCUCAAAACCAACGGCAAAGCCAUCGCUGUUCACACUCUCAUCUUCUUCGCCAUUUACACCAUUUUGAUCCUCGCUCUUAAUCUCCACAUCUACACUGGCUGAAUCUGAUCACAUCUGGAUGAAGAUGGAGACAAGUGGAGAGUUAUGUAGAAGAAGGUGAGUGAUGAGAGUCUUUUUGGCUUUUCUUGGUGGCUAAGGAGAAGGAAUAAGAGGUUAAGAUACUAAGCAUAGUGAUAGAUUACGAGGAAAGGUAUUGUUUUUCUUUAUUGGCUUUGCUUUUGUGAACUUAUCGUCUUCUUUCACUUUUAUGAUUGUUCAAUCAGUUGUUUCUAUGCUCUUUGGUGUUGUUUGCUUUUUGUUAAAGAAAUUUGAUAUAAAGUAGAUUACUGCAU